AGCAGUGUUUCCAAAACUCGGUCCUAAGAACCCCAAGAUGUGCAUGUUGUGUUUGUUUCUCUAGCACUACACAGUUGAUUCAAAUAAUCAAAGCUUAAUAAUGAUUAUUUGAAUCAGCUGUGUAGCGCUGCUUGGGGUCCUCUGGACUGAGAUUGGGAAACAAUGGGCAAAAGUAUGCUAACUAUGAGGACAUGAGACUGGACAGGCUGUGUAUGUGUAGUCUACUGUGUAGAGGAAAUGAAUGCUGAAUGUUUAACUGUGCAUUCCCCCUCUUUCUGGUAAGAUGGCGCCUAGCUCUGAACUGCCCCUUCUCCUCUCUCUCCAUCUCCCCACCCGCUUUCCCCCUCUCUCCUCUUGCUCUCCCUCUCUCACUAGGUCAUAAAUCUGUUGUUGUUUAUGAAAAGGUACAAAAUAGCAAUACAGCUUUAAGAGGCUCCUCCUUUCCCAUUGGUCCACACUGGUCACAUGGCAUGGAGCCGUGAACAUGAACUUUUUAUAUAUAUAAUUUUCCAGAAGAGAACGUCACUCAUUUAACAGCCUGUGUCUGCCACACAACCCUUUCUGUAAUGUAAAAGCUUUUGCUCCUCAAUGUCAUUGUUUAUGUAUUUUCGUCAUGGGUAAUGCUGUAAUGCUGUUUUGAGUUUUGUAUUAUGCAGUGGCAAGGAGCAGUGUCCCUUUCUUGGGACCGGACGGUUUGGAUUCAUUACCGUCGUUGUCGGUUUGGCACAAUGGACGGAUUGAGUGGGAGCGCGUCGUCGCCUGACCCCGGGGGCUCGUGGAUUCGUCCAGGGACCCAACUGGCACAACAGGGGUUCUUCCCCGGUCUACCUCGCGCCAACUGCACCUGUCCGUCCUCUUCUCGUAACAUCCCCACGCACCAUGAGACCUGACCACGGCUGUAAGUGUUCCCGUUACACCCACUCCUUGCUCACCAGAACGCCUCGCGAUGGACCCUGCAUGCCGGACGCACACGAGAAGACAGCUUCUGUCUCGAGGCAUCAGGCACAACCUCAGCCCAUUGCCCAGAACCAUGGCCCUCGCCUCAACCCAGUCCCAGACAGCGGUGUGGUGGAGGACGUCAGCAAAGACUGCAGCCUCGCUACUGAGUCUUAUCCCGGUGCACAGAAGGGCAAAGAACCGCCGGUGGUCUACCCCUGGAUGAAGAAGGUCCAUGUUGUCAAUGCUAGUUACAGUGGAGGAGUGCCCAAGAGGUCCCGCACUGCCUAUACCCGCCAGCAGGCUCUCGAGCUGGAGAAAGAAUUCCACUUCAACCGCUACCUGACCCGACGCAGGCGCGUGGAGAUCGCGCACACGAUGUGCCUUUCCGAACGUCAGGUGAAGAUAUGGUUCCAGAACAGAAGGAUGAAGUGGAAGAAAGAUCAUAAGCUUCCGAACACCAAGAUCCGCUCUGCGAGCUCAUCCUCGGGAGCCCAGCAGCAGCAAAUCAAAACUGGCACGCACCAGCAGCUCGUUCCCACGCCUUGCGCUGCGACCCUAUAGUGAUGGAACCCUCGCGCCAAACCAACAGACUGAGAAUGGCAAACAGAACACAGAAACGGAAUUUUGUGGACCGAUUCUCGAGUAUGUCCCCUAUGGUAUUACCCCCUUCUUGGCUUUUGGGCCUGUCACCUCCUUUCAAUACCCUUUCCCCUCUCAACCUCAACCUCCUCUCUCCGUUUUUUCGCUCUCUCCUAAUUUUUUAGCUCGAAAUCCGCCACUUGCUGCCCAUGAUGGCAACUGAAAUGUAUUUGUUCAUUAAGACAGAAGGAUAACUCACUCGAAUGUAUCACAGGACUUUGGAUUAUAUGGAUCAUUGCAUAGAAUGAAAAUAAAAGAGAAUGAGACGAGAGAUAAGUGACGCCUCGUUAUUAUUUUUGUUCUAUGCAAUAAUUUUGUUUAUUCUCAUGGAAAUAUAUACUUGAAAGGAAAACGAUGCAGGCUUAGAAUGAGACAGUGUCAGAGUUAGGGUUUAGCUCGUGAUGUGUGAGUGAGUUGGUUUACUGUUGAAUGUAUUAUUAAGUCGUGUAAUGUCCAGGUGACUUUCACCCCUAAUGAGUAUAGACAAAUCAUAGCAAAGGCACAAUAUUGAAUCCAUUUUGUAGGCUAAAAAAAGGCAACCUCGUUUGUUUGUUUGUUUGUCCGUUCGUGUAGCCGUGUAGACUAGUUUGUCCAUAUUUUGUGGUGUGCUCUAAACUGUGAAUAUUUGUAUAUGUUGUCUGAUUAAUGGACGUUGUAAUAAUGUAUUGUAAUUUAGGCCCAUGCAAGAAACUGUUCCCGUGAAAUAAAUAUGUACUUAAA